AAUUAAAAUACACGUUGACACUCAGAACUUUGAAGGAUCCUGAGAAGUGACAGCAGAUUUCAAAUCCAACAGGAUGGAAGACAUGUCAGUACAGGACAUGAAAAUUAAAAUGAACAAAGUAACAGAUAAGUCUCUUGAUAGCACCAGGCGGAUGCUACAGAUGGUAGAAGAGAGCCAGGGGGAGGGAAAAACAACAAUGAUCAUGCUGGAUAAGCAAGGACAACAGCUGAGGAAUGCAGAAGUGAAUAUGGAUGAGAUCAUGGAAAACGUGAAAACAGCCGAGAGGAAUCUGAAUGAGAUGUCCAAAUGCUGCGGCUGGUGUUUGUGCUCAUGUAACAGACAGAAGUCAAUUAAAACCAACCAGAGAUAUAAGCAGGUUAGAGGCACAGAGAAAAGCGAUGAGGGUGUGGUCUCCAGCCAGGUGACACGGGGAAAUACACAAGGGGUCACUGUUCGGUCAACAGCCUCUUCAGGCCCCUACAUCAAGAGAAUAACAAAUGAUGCUCAAGAAAAAGAGUUGGAGGAGAAUCUAGAGCAGGUGGGCAGCAUCAUUGGGAAUCUGAAGAACAUGGCCAUUGACAUAAACAAUGAGCUCGACACACAGAACAAGACCAUUGACCGCAUCACUGGUUGAAAAAUCUACAGAUCGUGUUGUGGCUGCUACAAAUAAAGCCAAAAGUAUCAUUAAGGAAUAGAAAAGGCCAUUACCAGUAUUUUUUAGGAGUGGAAUGGAAUUAUACUAAUAAUGAAAGUGAUUUACUAAAUCUUUUUAUAAAUUUGUAGGCUAAUAAUUUUAGUGAUUAACAAAAUAAACCAUAAUUUCUUCAGGUUUCUGUAUUUGUGUACUGUAAGCAGCUUCUUUGACAUUUUCUGUAAAAAUGGAGACCUGAUCUUACCAGCAGAUGGUGCUGUUAGAUUGUGUUACAAUUCUAACCGCAAAAAGCGAUUUCUUAAAUGAAGGAUAAGAAUGGGGAUUUGAGGUGUUCUCAUUCUCUCUAUACUGUAUGCAGACAAAACCAAUAAUCUCUUUGCAAACCAAAGCCAUAUUAAAGAGUAAAUAUUUCGUGGUUUUUAAGGUCCUACUUUGGUUUAUGGAGUGUCCAACAACACGUUUACGUACAUACAUUGUGUAAAAACACUUUCAUUUUCUAAUAAUAGGCAGUUAUUAAUACCUUACUUCUUGACUGACUCUCAAAUGAUUCGUUCGGCGAUUCAUCUGUCUAAUCCCCUCCUUUCUGUCAGUCUACUCUGAUCUGAUUGGUCAGAUGGUCUAGUGUGCUGUGAUUGGUCUACCGCGUGCAGUGUCGCAAAUGUAACAUAGGCAGGCAUUGCACGGAAGCUGUGUUCCUUUUGAUAGGGUUCCUACGCAGGGUUCACUGCUCCCUACUCCCUGAGCACGGGAUAUCCGUUGUAGUGGACUUUGCUGACAAAAAACGCUCAAUUGGAAUGCCCUGCAACGUCAUCAAAGAAAGGCAACGUCACGGUUGCGCAGUUUAUAAUAUAAAUAAAUAUUGUAACUUUACUUUUACAUUUAAAAGAAAUAUACAUAAACGUAACACGCAUUAUGUAUCUAAUCAAUAUAAUCUUAACUUUUGUUUAUGCUUGUAUUUAUUAUUUGACUGAUGCAGCUUUGAUUAUUGUUAUGCAACAUAAAAAUACAUUUUAAUUUGGUCAACUAUGUGAAGAUGUGUUCUUAAUGUGAGUGAAAAAAAAAAUGGACACAUUUUUGUGGUGCAGCUGUAAACAUUCCUGAGGUAAAUAAAUAACAUAACAUUAUAA